AUUGUCUUAUUACGUGUGCAUUGUCCUCUGACUUUUUGACCUCUCUCUCUCUCUCUCCCUCUCUCUUUGAGUCUCUCUCUAUACUUACUGAUCAUUGCUUUGCUGGCCACUCUAGUAUUCUUUAUUCUCUUUUGCUAACUAAACUUUUUGUUUUCUCUUUAAUAAUAGUAAUUUUUAAACUAAAAAGAGGAAAAAAAUACCUCACUUUCCUGAAUCUUGAGCCUUUUAUUAUUAUUUUUAUAUUAUUUUAAAAAAUAAUUUGAACUCACUAUCUUUACUUCUUGUAGUUGUUAUUUAUUAUUGGAAUCUCAAACUUCAAAUGCUCAUUAAUUUCAGUUCAUGCAAAAACCAACACAGAUUCAGAAUAUUCAUACUAUGAUAGAAUUAAGUGCUUUGGAAUAAAAAGCACUUAAACAAAGGAGCAACUUUCAUACCUUCUUAAGUGAAUAAGCACUUUGGAUAUGCUGUUUUUAAGCUCCCUUAUGAAUCUUUGUUCCUCCUUUUUGCUUCCUUUCAGGAAAUAUGAAAGAUGACCGAAGUUACAUUGAAUUCAAUUGUCAAUAACUUAUUCUUAUACCUUACAGUUAAAAAAGUCUCCAUGAAGUUCUACAUACCUCCGUUGCAAUCUUUCUUUUUUAUCAUUGUUAUUCUUUUUCCUCUAGUUACUUCUGACCUGAAUUCCGAUAAGCAAGCCCUUCUUGAUUUUGUUUCUUCCGUCCCUCAUCGUCGCAACCUUAAAUGGGACCUAGCUACCUCAAUAUGUACAUCUUGGAUAGGCAUAACUUGUAAUCCAAACCAAACUCGUGUUGUUUCUGUCCGGCUCCCUGGAGUCGGAUUAGUAGGCACCAUUCCAGCCAAUACACUCGGCAAAAUUGACUCGCUCAAAACUAUAAGCCUUCGCUCGAACCUACUUAGUGGAAGUCUACCUCCUGAUAUUACUUCUCUUCCGUCUCUACAAUAUCUCUUCCUUCAACAUAAUAAUCUUUCUGGUGAAUUGCCAACCUCAUUGUCGUCGCAACUCAAUGCACUUGUUUUGUCAUACAAUUCAUUCAAAGGUAGAAUUCCAAAGACAUUGCUAAAUUUAACACAAUUAACUCGAUUGAGCCUCGAGAACAACUCAUUAUCUGGACCGAUACCGGAUUUCCAUGUCAACCUCAAAUAUUUGAAUUUAAGCUACAACCAUUUGAAUGGCUCUAUCCCUUCAUCUCUUCAUAACUUCUCAAGUUCAUCCUUUGAAGGAAACUCCCUUUUAUGUGGAUUGCCUCUAAAGCCGUGUUCCGGAGUCCCUCCUUCACCGGCUCCUCCUGCAUUGGCUCCUGUAAAACACAGCUCAAAAAAUAAACUGAGUAAAGGAGCUAUCAUUGCAAUUGCUGUUGGUGGAGCUGUUCUGUUGUUUUUCGUAGCACUUGUCAUUGUUCUUUGUUGUUUAAAGAAAAAAGAUAAUGGAACCUCGAGAGAAGUUAAAGCGAAGGGUCCUAUUGGUGGUGGUGGAAGGAAUGAAAAGCCGAAAGAAGAGUUUGGAAGUGGAGUUCAAGAAUCUGAGAAAAACAAAUUGGUUUUCUUUGAGGGCUGCUCUUAUAAUUUUGAUCUCGAGGAUUUGUUGAGGGCUUCAGCUGAGGUUCUCGGAAAGGGUAGUUAUGGUACUGCUUAUAAGGCUAUUUUAGAAGAGUUAACGACAGUUGUAGUGAAAAGGUUGAAAGAAGUUGUGGUUGGCAAGAGGGAAUUUGAACAGCAGAUGGAGAUUAUAGGAAGCAUUGGAAGUCACCCGAAUGUCGUUCCGCUUCGCGCUUAUUAUUAUUCGAAGGAUGAGAAGCUUUUGGUUUGUGACUAUUACCCAAAUGGAAAUCUAUCUAUACUCUUGCAUGGUACUAGGACAGGUGGAAGAACAACUUUAGAUUGGAACACGCGAGUAAAAAUCACUCUCGGAAUUGCCCGAGGAAUUGCUCAUUUACAUUCAGUAGGUGGUCCAAAAUUUGCACAUGGAAAUGUGAAAUCCUCCAAUGUCCUCCUAAACCAAGAUAACAAUGGCUGCAUUUCCGAUUUCGGCCUGACUCCGCUCAUGAACGUGCCGGCAACCCCUUCUAGAGCCGCAGGCUACCGUGCUCCUGAAGUAAUUGAAACUCGGAAGCACACUCAUAAAUCAGAUGUAUACAGUUUUGGCGUCCUCCUUUUGGAAAUGCUUACAGGUAAAGCGCCACAACAGUCUCCGGUACGCGAUGACAUGGUUGAUCUCCCUAGAUGGGUUCAGUCCGUUGUUCGGGAGGAGUGGACCGCUGAGGUUUUCGACGUGGAGCUAAUGAGGUACCAAAAUAUUGAAGAAGAAAUGGUGCAAAUGUUGCAAAUUGGCAUGGCUUGUGUCGCAAAGGUUCCAGAUAUGAGGCCUAACAUGGAGGAAGUAGUGAGAAUGAUUGAAGAAGUUCGGCAAUCUGACUCGGAUAACCGACCGUCUUCUGACGAUAAUAAAUCCAAGGAUUUAACUGUUCAAACUCCCUGAUUAAAUCUGCUGCUGCCCUUUUUUCUUGUGUUCCAAACAAAUUGAUUUAUUGAACUUGUUUGUCUAGGAAGUAACAUUUAAAGGAAUAUGAAAGAGCUUGAGACACUCUCAGAUUGAAUUAUUAAUUAAUUUGAGUUAUUUUGUUCAGUAGGAAGGUUUAUUUUUCUUGGAAUUGUGCUGUAUUAAAGUUGUGAUUCAAUUGAUGAUUUUCAUUCGAGAACAAUUUGAUCUUCUUGAAUUGCUGUUA